UCGACGCCCUUUGUCGCCCGCUCCUGACCACCAGUCAAUCUUUGUACUACCCGUUUAAUCACAACAACAACCCACAACAACCUCAAAGAUGCGUUUCCAAGCUACCGUCCUGGCCUUUGCCGCCACCCUCGCCAUGACCAGCGCCCAGUCCCAGCCUGACCUGUCUGGCAUUCCCUCUUGCGCUCUUCCUUGCUUCGUCUCCGCUCUGCCCAAGUCUGGCUGCGGUGCCACCGACAUCAAGUGCCAGUGCACUACUGGUCGCGACGCCAUCCAGGCCGAGGUCCAGAAGUGCUCGGUUGAGAAGUGUAGCCAGGACGACCUUGCCAAGCUCACCUCUGCCGUUGCUAAGCUUUGCCAGUCUGGUGGUGUCACUCUCUCCAACGUUCCUUCUGUCUCCACCCCGGCUGCCGCCAGCGCUAGCGGCUCCUCUGCCGCUGGCUCUUCUGCUCCUGCCGCCUCUACACCUGCUGCCAGCGGCACUUCCGCAAGGGCCUCCACCUCCCCCAGGCCUACCGGCAACGCUGCCGCCAACAACGCCGUUGGCUUCGGUGCUAUUGCCCUUGGUUUCGCCGCCGUCUUUGGAUUGUAAAUACUCGACUCGUCCAUGGAAACGGUCGUCGUGUGGCACGAAGAAUGAUGGAGGACACUGGUUUUUUCUCUCUAUACUCUCUCCAUUGGCCCCGCUCCAGUCAACGCUGCGCCAUUGGCUGAAUUCCCAAAUUCGCUUUCCUCUGCGCAAUUUCCAAGUCCCAUAAAGCCUAUUGGAGUUUGAUCCAUAAUUUUGAUAGAUGAUUAUCCCAUCUUAUUUAACGCUUAAUGUACGCUGUACAAUUCAUCUCAUAA